GGUGGUAAGCAGCCACAAUUGAAACAGUCAAUGUUGGUAGAAUCAGACAAUAAACCAGGGGUGUGGUAUAUCAAUGCAUCACAAUAUAGAGGUUGGAUCUUUGACGACAAUCUGGAGGUUCCACGAUGGGUGUGGGUUCUAAACACUGCACCUACGGUAAGGCCAGACAUCUACCCUCCAUACGAUAGCAGAUGGCGUCAAAUGGGUGCAAAAAGGAUGGAGGACAGAGAUGUGGGUUUCAUUUCUAAACCCAUGAUUGAUGAUUGUACUGUGCUGGAUGACAAGCAGAGGCUGCAGACUAUGGUAGAAUUGCAUAAGUUGGGUCAAGCAACUGAGUUGGCUUUUUUAGAAAAUAAAAGAGUCUGGGAUGAAGGAAGGACCAUUGUUUCGGGGGGGGGAGAUGAAGGAAAAGAAGAGGGAGGAAAGCAAGGAAGUGGGAUGAACUCUAGCAGCAAUGAGGCUACGGAAAGGGAAGGAAAGGGGGGGGGCUCAGCAUGCUCGCUCAAAAGGAAGGUGAGCGACAGAGAUUCAGGUAAGGUGGAAGGACUGAGUCAAGACUCUAAGAGAACAUAUGCAGGGAAGGGAGAAGGAGGGGCAUCUUCACAGACAGGUCACGAGGGAGAAACAGACAUGGGGGAAGAGGGUGAAGCAGACAUGGAUGAGGAGGGACAAGGUAACAGCACAUCUAAGGGGGAGGAAAUGGAUAUGAAUCAGGCAGAAUCAGACACGUCAUCAACAUCAUCAUCUGAUCAGCAAACGGACAACAAUGGUUCAGUAAGACGCUCCAGCUCGGCAACGACCUCACUGACGGACGGAACUGGAAAAACGGUAAAGGACUCGGAAAGGGGAGGAGAAGGAGAGACAGACAAAAUGGCACAGGACAUGGAUCAGGAAGAAGAGGGAAAGGAAGGCAGCGAUGAUGACGAUUGGGGUGACGAAGAGGACGAAGACGAGGAGGAGGAAGAGGAACCGGAAACAUUAGCACAAUAGAUUAGGACAGUCCAUAAGUUGAAGUGGGAGAGACACAAAGAAUGUGAAAUCCGUCUGGCGCAUCACAAACACUUGCGCAAUCUGAAGAAAGCUACAACGGAGGGAAAUGAUAUCACAACAACAAACCGUUUUGAAUGGCUGAAGAAGGAGCAAGAGGUUAAUGAAUUCUAUGCAACACA